UCAAAGGUUCUGUUGGUUGGGGGUCCAGGAGCUGUGGUCUCAGAUCUGAUUUAAGAGACUUGAGAGUGGCUGUAAAGUUCUGGUCCAGUCGAAUGAAUUGACGUUGCUGUCGGAACCAUGCGACUGUCUGUCUCCCCAAUUCAGCGUGAGUUCCCUGGGGCCCACAGCCACUUCAUUAAGCCAAAGGAAAGGCGCGAUAAAGGUUUGUUGAAAGAGUAAAAGACUGAGUAAGGGCCAGUGGAAAUUGUCCAGAUGCCUCUGAAACCCGUAAGGGCCAAUGGUCAUUUUCGUCACUAAAUACUGUUGUAUUUAAUAAGCUUACCACUUAAAAAUUUGAUUUGCAAUUAUCGCAAACAAUUCUGCAAAGUACAUAUAAGUAACGCUGUUCCCACCCCCACUCCCCCUUUUUUCUUCCGAGACAGGGUUUCUCUAUGUAGUUUUGCGCCUUUCCUGGAACUCACUUUGUAGACCAGGCUGGCCUUGAACUCACAGAGAUCCACCUGCCUUUGCCUCCCAAGUGCUGGGAUUAAAGGCGUGCACCACUACUGCCCGGCUUCCUACCCGAUUUGUAAAAACAGUGCAAUAGGAUCCAGCUUAAGAGGCAUGCACACGCAGGUUCCAGGGCUGUGGGGUAAUGCUCUCCUUCCACUGCCUGUUGGGUAGAGACUUAUAAAUCCAUGGGACUAGGCUCAGCUCCGCCCCUGCUGUGUGAUUGGGAGUCUACAGUAAAAUGGAGCCAAUUUGAUUCAAGACUGUGGGAUAAAGUUUUCAAGGCUGGGAAGUUGGAACACGGAGGCUUGGAUCCUAAUCUCUCACUUAACUACCUCUCAUAUCCUUUGUGGUGUUAGAAAUAAGUUCUGGGACACAAAGAAAGAGACCACUUCAACUGAAGUUUCUGGACAAGGCAGACUUUGUGCUGGGAAGAGCGGAACACAGAGUCAAGAAAUGCACUUGGUUUUCUUCUAACCCAGGUGGACUGUCUUUUCCACCUUGGCUGCGGUCUGACCUACAAUAUUCUUCAUUGGCUGGACUUUUUGUUGUUUUGAAACAAGGUCUAUUAUGUAGCCCUGGCUGCCCUGGAGCUCACUCUGUAGACCUGGCUGGCCUGGAAUUCAACUCACAGAGACCCACCUACCUCUGCCUCCCAAAUGCUGAGAUCAAAGAUACUGCAGCUGCAGCACCCCUCGGAAGGCCAGACUAGCCUGCAUUCCUGAGGUGUCCUGUUUGCAAGCAUCUCCUGGGGUUGCAGCCUUAACCUCCCAUCCUGUAGCCCAGGCGCCAGCCAGGUGGCCGCCCACAGAGGGCUCGGCGUGAAUAUGGCCAAGGAACGACAUGGGACCUGGUUUGGCUUUGGUUUCUGCGGCUUUGGGCAAGUGCUGGGCUCUGGGAAUGGGCGCCAUUCGGUGCACAGUCCUGAACCACUUUGUGCCGGUGAUGACAUUUGCCGAGUGAGUCCAAGCUGGAGCUACACCGCCCUGGUGACCCGUGGAGGCCGGGCGGAGCUGUCGGGUUCCGUCAGCGGCUCAGCAAGUGGCUGUAGGGAUGCCUGGGCUUCAGAGGAACUCCUGGUGGUGCUGCGUGACGAGGGCGGGUCCGGCACAGAGCUGCAGGCCUGGACUCCAGGCUCAGCACUGCAGGGGGAGCCCCUCUGGGUCCGGAACCUGGUUUCUGGUGCAGAGGACCAAGGGGAAGAUGAACCCAGCAGUGAGGCUAGGGCGGGCACCCUGCCACUGCUGCCCGGUGCCCAUGCCUAUGUGAACCGGCAGCCACCCUUCUGCCAGCCUCUGGCCCCAGAGCUGCGGGUGCGCCAGCUGGAGCUGGGUGCCGAGCAUGUGCUGCUGCUGUGCGAAGCGGGCCAGGUGUUCUCCUGGGGUGGAGGCAGGCAUGGACAGUUGGGCCACGGGACGCUGGAGGCGGAGCUGGAGCCAAGGCUGCUAGAAGCACUACAAGGCUUGCGGAUGGCUGAGGUGGCCGCAGGUGGCUGGCACUCUGUGUGUGUGAGUGAAACUGGGGAUAUUUAUAUCUGGGGCUGGAAUGAGUCAGGGCAGCUGGCCUUGCCCAUAAGGAGCCUGGCAGAAGACAAGAAGACAGUGAGCGGGAAAAUCGCAGAAUUGAAUGAAGGUUGUCUCAAAGGAGAGGAAGCAGCUAUGGCUGAUGGUGGAGCUCCUGCCCCCUUCAUAGCCAUCCAGCCCUUCCCAGCUCUACUGGAUCUUCCCAUGGGCUCAGACGCUGUCAAGGCCAGCUGCGGAUCCCGACACACAGCUGUGGUGACACGAACAGGAGAACUUUAUACCUGGGGCUGGGGUAAAUAUGGACAGCUUGGCCACAAGGACAGCAGCAGUUUGGAUCGACCCUGCCGUGUGGAGUACUUUGCAGAGAAACAACUCGAAGUAAGGGCUGUCACCUGUGGACCCUGGAAUACCUAUGUGUAUGCGAUGGAAAGAGAGAAACUCUGAUAGUGCCUGGGUGAGCAGGAACUGUCAUGAGCACAUGCAAACAUUAAGUUUAGAGACAAGGUCACACAUCCCCCUGCCUUGAAUUGAAGGUGCAUGACUUUAAAAAAAUCAAGACAGCCAGGCAGCAGUGGCGCAUGCCUUUAAUCUCAGAACUUGGGAGGCGGAGCCAAGUGGAUCUCUGUGAGUUCAAGGCUAGCCUGGUCUACAGAGCGAGAUCCAGGACAGGCACCAAAACUACAGAGAAACUCUGUCUCGAAACGUUCCCCCCCCCCUCCAAAAAAAAAAAUUCCCCAAGAUAAAGACAAAUCUUAUGAAGCAUGUAUGAAAGA